GGCUCUCUCUGACAGGAGGAAGAAGGCUUGUGACGGGCAGCCGGGAUCCAGACCUUCAAAAGCCGGCUGUUCUUUUUGCUGCUUCUGAUUACAAAACACAAGGAAUCCAUGGCUACCAAAGGGAUGAAUCUCUGCAAUGUCUGCUGUCUGCUUCUUUACGUUAUCACGGCGGUGCUUGCUGGACGAGAUUUCUACCAGAUCUUGGGGGUGACUAAGAGUGCAUCAAUCAGGGACAUCAAGAAGGCCUACAGAAAGCUGGCUCUCCAGUUACACCCCGACAGAAACCAAGACGACCCGAAAGCUCAAGACAAAUUUGCAGACUUGGGAGCAGCUUAUGAGGUGCUCUCAGAUGAGGAGAAAAGGAAGCAGUACGACGCGUACGGAGAAGAUGGACUCAAAGAGGGUCACCACAGCUCACACAACGAUAUCUUCUCCAGCUUCUUUGGUGACUUUGGGUUCAUGUUUGGAGGCAAUCGACAGCAACAGGACAGGAACAUCCCCAGAGGAAAUGACAUCAUACUAGACCUGGAGGUCAUGCUUGAAGAGGUGUACUCUGGGAACUUUGUCGAGGUUGUUCGUAACAAGCCUAUAGCCAAAGAAGCCCCCGGCAAGAGGAAGUGUAACUGCAGACAGGAGAUGAGGACGACGCAGCUCGGACCCGGCCGCUUCCAGAUGACUCAGGAGAUGGUGUGCGACGAGUGUCCCAAUGUGAAGCUGGUAAAUGAAGAGAGAACCUUGGAGGUAGAAAUUGAACAAGGAGUCCGAGAUGAAAUGGAGUACCCUUUCAUUGGAGAAGGGGAACCUCACAUUGACGGCGAACCAGGAGAUCUACGCUUCCGCAUCAAAGUGCUAAAACAUCCUGUGUUUGAGCGCAGAGGAGACGACCUGUACACAAACGUCACCAUCUCCCUGGUGGAGGCACUGGUGGGCUUUGAGAUGGACAUCGAACAUUUGGAUGGACACAAGGUCCAUAUAGUGAGGGAUAAGAUCACAAAGCCCGGUGCUCGAAUGUGGAAGAAGGGAGAAGGCCUGCCAAACUUUGACAACAUCAACAUCCGAGGUUCCCUCAUCAUCUCCUUCGAUGUGGAGUUUCCUCAGACGCAGCUCGACGACCAGCAGAAAGAUGGUAUCCGGGGUCUUCUGAAGCAGGGCUCUGUGCAGAAGGUUUAUAAUGGACUCCAAGGAUUCUAGCGCACCAACACACACAGCUUGGACUGAGUUAUCUGUCUCUCUCACACACACACAUCUUCAAUCAACAAGACUGUGCUCCAUAAUUCUGGCCAGGGUGUAUUUAUUAUUUUCAGAUCGUUCUCAGGGUGGCUUGAACCCAAUUUGUUUUUAAUGCUCUACAUUUUGACAGCAGUGGCACAAUUGCAGGUGUUUUAUUUGAAGUGUAUAAAUGUAAAGGAUGCCGUAUCUUUGUUUUACUUUUUUUUUUUUUUUUUUUCUUUUUUUUUUUUUUUUUUUUUGUCCCCAAAUUAUAUUGCAAUAAGGCCUUUUUCUUUUUGUUUAUUUUAAAAAGCUAAACCCCUUAUUUCUCUCUGAGUGAACUUAAUCUACUAAUGUGUCAGUCACUGUACCUUUCUGUGUACAUCUGCUGAAGAAGAAAAGCCCUUAACAACUUUUGAACAACUUUCAACUUGUGCAAGACACUUUUUUUUUUUUUUAUUAGUUUUACAAGUGUAACAGCUUCACCUUUUUGACUGACGAAACAUAUUAUUUUUGUUUUGGUCAGACUCCUGUUCAAUAAUGCUUUGUAAAUAGGGAAGUACGAAGUGCAUCUGUUUGUUGUGUUUUAGUUUUUCUAAUUUAUGUUGGCUCUUACUUGUCUGUUUACACGUUGCAACGGGAGAACUGUCCGCAAUGCACAACCCCCACGUUCACUGUGACCAGAGUUGACCUCUUAAAUUAAACAGUGACAUUUUUAUUUUUUUGUGAGGAAUGAGGUGAACGUCCUCCAGCGCCACUAGCAACAUUUAGUUUGACACACCUUCGACACUCUCCCUGUCUCGGCUGAACACAUUUAAAUCAAAGGGACCUCACACCAUAGAGAAUCAGCAUCACUGAUGCUGUUCCUCCUGACUGGCAACCGUUUGGUUUAUAACGCGGUUUUAGGAUUUUACUUCCCUCUGUUUUUACUACCGACUGCAACGCUGCCUCCCGAUAUUAUGAGAGUGUCAUGGCCUUAGGGGGGGAUGAUGUACUUUGACUGACGAUUAUAAAUAAAGAUUUCUACAAAUUCUGA